CUCCUCGAGACGGAACGCGCGUCGAUGCAGCAGGGUCACGUCAAGAAGUGGGCGCGCCAAGCGAAGCGCUACGUCGACCAUAGUUUGCUCGGCUUCCGGGGGCAGCGCAAGCGCGAGGUGCCCUUCGCGGUGCCCGCCAAGCGUUCUUUGAUUCCGCCGGUGGCCAUCACUGAUGCCGCCUCUGGCGCAAACCUCAGUUCGCUUCGCGAGGCCAUGGGCUACGACAGCCUGGUUGCGAGCUUCUCCCGCGCCAAGGAGUGCGAGCUCGAGGGCGCCAUGGGCGCGCGGUCGGAGGAGGCGCACCCCCUCUCCUCCACGCACGCGCCCUCGCGGCGCCUCUCCUUCGACGCGCCUGUCCCCGCCUCGGUGGUCGACGUCAAGGUUGCCCAGCGGCUUGAGCCUAACAAGCCUGGAGUUUGCUCGACAGAGGCUCUGACCAUGCUCGCGGGGCGCGCGGCGGCCACCACGUGGCGCGCUGCUAUGGGCGAGGCGCUCCAGCAGUCCAACGAAGACCGCGCGUGGCAUCUGUUCAAUGCCGCGUUGUCCGUGCCCAUCAGGAUGCGCUUGCUGCCUGGUGGCGACGCGACCCACUUGGCCGCUCUGACAUUUUCGGAGAAGAUGUUCUCUGCGCGUGCUGCCUCUGGCGCCGAGUCCUUCUGGCGGUUCGCAGAAAAAACGCGCCGCUUGGCCCGCGUGGAACAAUGUUUCGCCAAACAGGAACCAGUGUCGAAGCUGGAGGCUGCGCUGAAGGCCUACGGCCUCCAGUUCAAAGGAAAAGCGUGCACCGCUGCAACCGCCGCGGCGCUGAAAGGUCUGCGCCCUUUCGUCCUCGACGGCGCCUGCAGUUCGGCGCUCGCACUGGCCGAGGCGUAUUUCCCAGAGCUUCGCGAGCCUACGCUUCUCAUGAGGAUCGGCUUCGCCUGCCCCACGGGGGCUGUCUCUGACGCCAAGGCCAGGGAAUUGUUCGUUUUCACCAUGAACAGUUGCCGCGUGGCCCGCUUGACGGGCGACGUCCCGAAAGGCGAGAAACUGUCCGUGAGCCAGGUCAUCGGGCGCGAUAGGAAGACGCCAGCGAUGCCCCACGCGCUCUUCAAGAAAAAGGAGCUCGUCGAGUACAUCUUCCACGAGGCGUUUCUCAUGAACAAGGAAGUGGGGAACGACAUGGCGGCAUUUACGACGCCUCUCCACAUCCUCCAGAAGUUCGCUGCCUCUGGCGCGGAUGGGCUCGUGGCUUCGCACCGCGCGUCCGACUCAGGCGGCGGCGCCGACGGAAUGGAGACACAGUUUGCGCUCCACGGGGCUGAGCAUCGGAACGCCGUGGAUGUCAAGACGGAGGCGAUGAUCGACGCCGCGCGGCCUCUGUGGUCGAGCGCUUUCGACGACGAAAUUGCCGAGCUUGCCCAGCAGGAGUUGCAGAACAGCACCACUGGGUUCGUCUGGCACACGUACCUCACCGAGACCAGCCAGGGCGCUGGUGCCAAGUAUCGCGCCUUCGUGGCCGCGUGCACGGGCGGGCCGAUCCCCGCCGACCCCGAUCUGGAUGCAAAUCUCGGCUUGUCGGGGAUGUCCGAGCUCGGGGACGAGCAAAAGGAAGAGCUCCAGAAGCUCCAGGAGCAGCUCAAGCAGCUCUGCAGAAAAACUGUGAAGUUCGUCAGUUUGCCGUCUGUCGGCGCUGCCUCUGGCGCAGAGUACGCAGUGGCGCAGAUGCAGAGCUUGUGGGAUACGCUCAGCCUCGGGCACCGCUUCGGGAGGAAGAAGAACGACGUUCGCGCGUUCAUCCUCUCAGCGGAGCUGUUCCCGCCCAGCGUCGUCAAGCAAGGCGGCAAGGCGAGGAUGAGCGAGCAGAUGGCGUGUGACGAGGCGAAGUUCAAGCGCGUCAUCGAAUUCUUCUUGCAGAAGAGGCAGAAGGAUGAUAUCCUCAUCUUCCUCGACGGCAGGAGCCGCGCGAACCGCAGGGUCAUUGAGUCCUUCGAGACGAAGUUGGAGUCAGGAGGCUCCCACGCGUACGUCGGGUGCUGGUUCGUGUACGAGCAACCGACGAAGAAGGAGGACCCGCGGUCCGCGGCCAGGGCGUCGACCUACACGAAGAACAAAGGAUACGGCCAUUUUCUCGAUGCCACUCAAGGGCCCGCCGCGGGAGACAUCGACUCGAAGGGCCACCCGUUCUCGCACAGCGAGGUGAAGCCGCUCAGCUUGUGGCAGACUCUCGUGGGGCACCACAAAGUGACCCACGUCGUGGACUUCACUCCAGGUUCUGGCGCUUUGGCUAUUGCUGCCUCUGGCACAAUGGAGUACGAAGGCAUCGCUGCCAACGAUGCGCACCGGGACUGGCUCGACUCCAUCGUGGACAGGUGCGUGAUGUACAAGGCGGGUCACGACGAGGGGUACGCGGAGCAAUUGGGCGGCGACGCCGAGUUCGUCGAGAAAGCCAGCAAGUAUUUCAGCGGAGCCAUGAUGGAUGCAAAACGUCUGUUGAUGCCAUAG